AUGACUGAAAACAAAACUAAAUUGGUUGUCAUUGCCGGUGGUACUGGUGGUAUUGGUCGUCAUAUUGUCAAUGGUAUUGUUGAUACUAAGAAAUACAUUGUCAAAGUUUUUACUCGUCAAGAUCCUUUAUCAUUACUCGAUCUCACGGCAAAAGGAGUCAAUGUCAUAAAAGUUAACUAUUCUGAUCAUCAAUCACUCGUUUUUGAAUUGCAAGGAGUACACACGGUGAUCUCUUGUUUCAUUGGAAUUGACGAGUCUGCUAUGAAAUCUCAAUUGAAUUUGCUUGAUGCUUGUUUAGAAGCCAAAGUAAAACGAUUUGCUCCAUCGGAAUGGAGCAGUAAUAGUGAUGCAAAUUCAGCAAUACAACUCUAUCGUGAACUUAAAAUACCUGUUCGCAACAAGAUUAAAGCUUCUGGUAUUGAAUUUACAGUAUUUAUGCCUGGUCUUUUUAUGGAUUAUUUUGCAUCGCCACAAAGAGCAAGUCCAUCUUUGCCUCCUUAUAUCGUUGGUGUUGAUUUCAAUAAAUGCGAAGCAAACAUUGUCGGUACAGGUGAUGAACCAUUUUGUACGACUCGAGCUGAUGAUGUAGGCAGAUUUGUUGCUGCUGCACUUGAUUUAGAUAAAUGGGAUGAGAAAAUGGGAAUGGUUGGAAGUCGAACGACAUGGAAUCAGUUGAUUAAAUUGGGCGAACAAAUAAGAGGAAAGAAAUUCGACGUCAAACGCAUGACUAUCGAUGAAACAUUGAAACAAUGCGAUCUAAUAUCAACUAAUAGAAUGAUGAAGUUCAUGCAAGAAGCAUUCAUAGCUAUGGCACAAGGUGAAUCCGAUUUUGAAGCCAUAUUAAAUGCGAAGUUUCCUGAAAUACAACCGAUGACAAUCGACGAAUUCUUAACCAAAUGGUGGGGUGAUAAGAAAGGACAAAUUUUUUAA